AUGCGCGUGCAGGCAAGCCCCUUUGUAACCCGCAAGCACCAUAUUCCGGAUCCCCGCGACGAUGGUAAGGGCUAUUGCUGGGUCAGUGUUAUACUUCUACCGGAAGCGAAGAAUGGCACCCAUAGUGACGAAGCGAUUAUGUUAUUCGUAAUUCAGAAGUGCAAAUACGGCCAAACCGCCAUGACCCAUCAGCCACUGCAUGGGCUGGGUGACCACUGUAUCUCGUUGCCAGUCAAGUGGAAUACACCUAGGCAAGAUCUACGUACAGUGCGGGAUCAGGCUGCGGCUCUCGCAACAUGGUGGCUUGCUCAAGUUCGUGAAAAUAGGGUUACUAUUGACCAGAAGAUGGUCUUCGACGACCGCACCACGGAAGGAUUCAAAAGCAUGUUGGAUAUGGUCCCUCCUGAAUGGGAGAAACCUGGGUAUUCUGAUUAA